AUGACGCAGAGCCAAUUAGCCACAAGUGCCCUUAUCCUACUGGUCAUCCUGCUGGGACUCACCCUAACCCUUCCGUCUGCCACCUCCGUCCCUGUGCCGACUGAGAGACACAGCCCCAGCGACAGCCAUGCUCCUCCACCUCCUGGGCGUAGGCUACCAGAGGGAGAAAGGGAUGUGCAGGAAGGGAAGAAGGGCGGACUUCCACAGAGAGAGAGAGCAGAGGAGGUGGAAGAGGAGGGGGAGCUUUUCGGAGACAUGGAUCCCAAAACAUUAGCGGCCGUUCUGCUGGAGGCGAUGAAUAAGCAGCACGGGGAGAGGAUGAAUGGAGGCGUGGAGGAUGGGAGGAAGGAUGAGGAGAGAGGAGAGGAGGAGGAGAGGGAAAGUCAAGAGGAGAAGGGAGAGGAGGUGAGAGCUGCGUUGGAGGAGGGAGCGGACCGAGACAGGGACGGUCGAGAGGAACUCGAGUUGGUGAUGGCCGCCGCUGCAGAGCAGGGCACGGAGGAGCGACAGAGGGAGGAGGAGGAAGAGAGGAAGAGAGCACAGGAGGAGGAAGAAAGACUAACAGAGAAGGUGACUAGCCGUACUACCAGCCAGACUGUUCCUGUGAAGGAGAAACAACCUCCGACGGUAGAAGGAGGAGGGGAGGAGGUGGGAGGAAAGGAGGUAGGGGCCAGAGAGGAGGCGCAGAAGGGACCUCCCACCUCCCAGGAGAUCCAACAAGAGGAGCAGGAGCAGCUAAGCCCAGAGGAGGUGCAGAACCUCCAAACCAUGUUGGAGGAACUACAGAACUACAACACAGCCAACAAGAGAGAGAGGGAGUCCCAGGCCCAGGAGCAGAGAGAGAGGGAGAGCAGGGGCUACAACCAACAUGACACAGACCAAGCCCUGAUGGACAACCAGAUAAAACCUAAAGCGAAAGGUGGAUAUCCACUAGCCAUGUCGAAGAAGAAGCUCAAAUGGCAGGAGGAGACUCAGAAAGCCCUGAACAUGCCCACCUAUAGAGGUGGCAACUUCAUGGACCACUUUGACGACAAUCUGGCUCACCAAGCGGCUGAGGAUGAGGAGGAUGAUGAGGGAGACGAAGAUGAGGAGGAGGUGUUGAGCCCCCAGGAAGAGGAGAGGAGGGCGAAGGAGGAGCAGGAGGAGGUCAGAAGGCAGGCGAAGGAGGCGCAGAGGGCCAAAGCUGAGGAGGAGAAAUUGGCGGAUAUUGCCUCAGACAUGCUCCUGCAGUACAUGGUUAAACAGGACAAAGGGAAGUACUCCAACCAGAACAAGAAGACCCUGCUGUCUAACGCAGCCGAGGACAAGCGCUCCGAUGAGGAGGUGGUCAGUGAGGAUGACGAUAUUGAUCCUCAGACCAUCGAUAAGCUCAUCGAAAUCUCCAGUAAACUCCACCUCCCAGCAGACGACAUUGUCGACAUCAUCAGCGAUGUCGAGAAGAAGAAGAAGAAAGACACUCCUGAGAUGUUACCCUGGCAACGACCCCAGCAACGACCCCUAGUUCCCCCAGCAGCCCCCGCCCUCGACACCCAGCCUUCGGCCCCACGCAAUCCCACCCUGAAUCAGCCUUCUCCAGCCAUCAACCCCCUCAAGGCCUGGUUCAUGGACAUAUCCUCCUCAAAACAAGACCCAAACGUCUGGAUCAAACCGCGACACAAGUCCUUUCGGACCUCCUCCUCCAACUACCCUGCCUAUCCCUUCUACAAACAGAGGCCUUACCGAGGGUACUACCCCCUCUACUUCCCCCCUCCCAAGCCCAAACCUCGCUACUACGCCAAAUCCUCCCUCAAUGACCUCCUGUCGAAUUCUCUUGACUACGACUUUGACUUCCCUCCUAAGAGGAGGUACCGUCCCUGGGUACAACCCCGCCCAAGGAAUCCCCCCGUGGCUCUCCGGCAGAAGCUCUACUACCCCAAAUACCUCCUCCCCUCACACCCCCGGACAUACAACCACCUCCCCAUCCCCAUGGCCAAACCCCGGUCGUCGCCUCCCAGGGGUCAGGUUCAGCCUCGACGUCGGCAUGGUUACUAUUACCCAGCGCCUCUAGUGACCCGGGACCAAGAUUAUUAUGGGAUGCAGGGGUUGGGGCAGCAGCAGCAAGACAGUGACGAAGACCUGGAGAACUACAUUCAACAGGUCUUUAUGAAACCCAGACCCAGAAUGUAUCAGUGAAAGGAGAGGAGAGAAAGAAAGAAAGAAAGAAAGAAAGAAAGAGAGAAAGAGAGAACGAGAGAAAGAAAGAGAGAGAGAGAGAGAGAGAGAGAGAGAGAGAGAGAGAGAGAAAAAGAACGAGAGAGAGAGAGAAAGAAAGAAAGAGCGAGAGAGAGAGAGACAGACAGAGAGGGGAAAAAGGGAGAAAGAGGUAACAAUGGAAUGUAUAUUUUCCUCACCGCUUACUUUUGAUUUUGUUUUUGGGUUUGAGUCUCGUGACUUUUUACUGUUUAGCUUGAUUUUGGUCGAAAAGCAACACAAAAAUGUAAUUUAGCAGGCGGAGGGGUUGGCUUUCGUUCGCUGUAGAGUAUAAAACAAACUUGCAGAUAGAAGAGAGAUAUAUAGGAGGAGACAUCCAUUCAUUCCUCCACUUUGGAUGAUCACAUGAGAAACUGAGGGUCAUGGUCCAAAAUGACUUCAAGAGGGGCACAACAAAACCAACCGUGUAUAGAUCUAUAAAAGCUACAGAACUCCAAUAGAACUCCUGGAACAACGACUCUCACCAUGUCAUCAUGGAAUCCUGACGGAUAUGAGGGAGCAUCAGCAUCAUUCAGAGGACAUUAAACAUUGAGGGUGAUUCCCAGAUAGUACCCAAUUCCUUAUGUAGUGUAGAGUUCUAGGGGCCCUGGUCAAAAGUAGUGCACUACAUGGGUAAUAGGGUGCCAUUUAUGAAGCAGCCUGACAACCAUGUUGCCCUUCAUUCGAAACUUUAGAGUUUUGUAGGUGUUAAAAAAUACUCAGAUGUCAAGGUUUGGAUCCAAAAUGUGCAGUCAAACAUGUUUAUAUUCCGAAAGACUAGCCAUUGCUAUUGGAGCAGAGGCCCUAUCGAUAUUAAGCCUUACCAACAUGUGUGUGUUAGGUUUUAUUAUUAAAUGAGCAUUUACAUGAUCGUUCUAGUUAUACAUCGUUUGUAGAAAAUUAAACUUGUAAAAAAAGAUUGAAUUGCACCUUUUCAAGAACUCACAGAUAGAAGCAGUUCAUCUAAAGGACAGGAGGAAAAACCCACCUCCAUUGACACCCUUGGUAAGUUGCCAUAAUGCAGUCCAAGACUGUCAAUAUUGACCAAAUAUGUUUUAUUUUGUAUUUUUUUCCCAUUUGAGUGUUACUUGUCUGUUUUUAUCAAUUCUGUUUUUGUUUUUUUGUCAUAAUAUUUUUGCAUAUUGUUUGAUUUUAAUGUAAAUUGCCCUUCUGCAGACAAUUUCAUGAUUUUAUUUCUGUAUUUGUAAUGUACUUUAUUUAGAUUUUUUUUUUUUUACAAAGCAGUGCUAAGAUUGACAUAUUCAUACAUUCCAAAUAUUUGUAAGACAAAGUGAUUUUAAUGAAAAGAAGUUGAACAUCCAGUUUUAUAUUCCCUUAUUAUUAUGAAUUCCCCCUCGUCUUGCUGAAGGCGGUCAGCUUUGUUAAGGGGGUAGAAUUUAAUCGAUUGACGCUCUUGUGGGGAGUAAAAUGGGGUUGUGAUCUCAAUUCCACUCCAUCUCAAGUCGAUUCAGAGAAUGAAUUAGAAUAUUCGAUUCACAAAUAGAACAACGGUAUGGGGAUUUUUCAAUGAAACUGACUUGAGUUGGAAAGGAAUCUUCCCUCGCUCCCGAUGAAUGAGUGAUAUGAGAAGAGGGAAAAAACAAAAAAACUCUGUGCUACCAUAGAGAAACAAAUAUGGCUCUGUUUAUGACUUUAGAGGCUGCAGAGAGGACCUGGAUUCAGAAUCUCCUCGGUGUCACAGGAAAUCAAUAUCUAAUCACCUCCAAAUCCUUACUCAUUUAAUCUUGCCUUGGGAACCAAACCCCAACAAACUCCCAUUUUGUCACGUUUACCCCGCUCAAGUCUUGAACUAACCAUGUGGCAAUCUCAUAGCCGAGACAAGGGCGCAUCCCAUAAUGGAUCCCUAUUCCCUUCAUAGUGCAUUACUUUUGACCAGAGCUCCAUCGGCACUGGUCAAAAGUAGUGCACUGCACAAUAUAGUGAAAAGGGUACCAUUUGAGACGAAUCCAUACACAGCAUAGACAAUCUCAAAGUGAAACCAUUUUCAAUGUGACUGAUGCCACAGA